UUAUCAAACUUGAUAUCGAACGUGUACAUUCAUAAUUAAUCAGUUGUACAUCAGUCGUUAAACAGUUAAGUUAAGCAUUUACUUGUAACAAUAUUCACGUUUAUACGAUGAGUACGAAAUAAUAGUGUUUUUUUUUUAUCUUAACCUUCACCUCGAGUGUUGCCGUUCAUGAAUACUGAAAUAGACAAGAGUUAGCAAGGAAUUUCCUACAUUACAAAUCGUUCGAAAUAUAAAUUAAUUUUCGACACGUGCCUACUUUCAGAGGGUGAAUUUUUUUCAAACACAUACAAAUAAACAAUGGAGGAAAUAUCUAACAAUGUUAAACCUAAGAAAAAGAAUCCUUUGGACAGGGCCAAUACCAUAUCUUCAGUAUUUUUCUGUUGGCUACUACCGUUGUUUGUUAAAGGAUAUAAAACUGACCUUACUGAAGACGAUAUCUAUAAACAAAGAAACAGUCACGAAUCUGGAAAACUAGGCAAUAAAUUAGAACAUAAAUGGAAACAACAACUAACUCAGAAGCAUCCUUCUCUCAUAAAAGCAUCAGCUGCAACCUUCGUAGGAGAAUUCAUUGUUAUAAAUAUAAUUAUUAUCAUUUCAGAGGUAGUAAGGAUAUCUCAACCGUUUCUUAUCACACAACUCAUUAAAGUUUACGAAGCAAAUCGAGCCAAUGAAGACAAAAACGAGGUAUACAUGUAUGCCGCUAUGAUCGUAAUUACUUCUUUUGUUUCAACAAAUAUGCAACACAAUUUUAAUUUGAGGCUGAUGCAAUUAGGUAUGAAAAUGAGAGUUGCAUGCUGUUCUUUGAUUUACAGAAAAGCGUUAAAAUUAAGCAAAACGGCUUUAGUAGAAACCACAAUUGGACAAAUGGUAAAUUUACUAUCCAACGACGUAGCCCGAUUUGACAUGGGAAUUUAUUUUUUCCAUAACAUCUACAUCGGACCGAUUGAAAUACUCAUCGUCAUGUAUUUACUGUAUACUAACGUUGGCGUUCCCGCUUUGGCUGGAACUUUAUUAUUAGUUUCAUUCAUACCAUUUCAAUCAUGGUUGGGAAAGAAAACUUCCCAAUUUAGACUUCAAACUGCCAAUAGAACUGAUGAGAGGGUAAGACUGAUGAAUGAAAUCAUAUCUGGUAUCCAAGUAAUCAAAAUGUACACAUGGGAAUAUCCUUUCACUAAACUUGUCGAAUAUGCUAGAAUGAAAGAAAUGAAGUAUAUCCGAUACACUUCAGUGAUAAGAUCAAUUUUAAUGUCCUGUAUCCUCAUGCUGAACAGAUGUGCUAUAGCUAUUAGCAUUUUGGUAUACGUUAUAACAGGAAAUACUCUUACUGCCACAUACGCUUAUACUGUAACAUCAUACUACAGACUUCUUUAUACAGUUACCAAUUUUUUGCCGACUGCCAUUUCUUUGGCAGCCGAAAUGUACGUGUCUUCCAAAAGAGUCGAAAAGUUUUUGAUGUACGACGAAGUUAAAUCUGAAUAUGUAUCAUUUUUUGAAAAAAAUACAUUGGUAUCAGAAAACGGUAUAAAACCAUCUUUAGAACUAAAACCAAUUCAUAAAGAUAUUGGUGUAUUCAUAAAGAAUGCAUCAGCUAAAUGGUUGAAAUCAAUGACGGAAAAUAACUUAGAAGAUUUAACUAUGGAAGCUAGACCUGGUAACGUUGUGGCCAUUGUAGGGCCGGUUGGUAGUGGUAAAACAACUUUACUACACGUAAUUUUGAAAGAAUUGGAGUUAGAAGCUGGCACUGUAGACGUACAAGGAAUUAUUUCGUACGCUUCCCAAGAACCUUGGUUGUUCGGUGGAAGUAUCAGGCAAAAUAUUCUGUUCGGUGAAACAUUCGAACAGAAAAAAUACGAUGAAGUGGUCCGAGUAUGUGCUUUACAAAGAGAUUUUGCUCUAUUGCCGCACGGCGACAGGACGUUAGCAGGAGACAGAGGAGUUUCGUUGAGUGGCGGACAAAAAGCUCGAAUUAAUUUAGCUAGAGCCGUUUAUAAAGAUGCAGAUAUUUAUCUACUUGACGAUCCUCUUUCUGCCGUCGACGCCCACGUCGGUAAACAGCUAUUCGACGGUUGUAUACAAGGACAUCUAAAAAGUAAAUGCGUCAUCCUAGUCACACAUCAAUUACAAUAUUUGAAGAAAUUGAAAAAUAUUUAUCUGAUGAAAGAUGGUAAAAUCGAAAUAUCGGGUUCGUAUAAAGACUUAAAAAGUGCUAGUACCAAUUAUAGUAAACUACUAACCGAUAUAGAAGAGGAAGAAGAAGAAAAUAGAAAAUUAUCGAGAACGUUUUCUACGAAAGAAAUAGUAAACGAUGAUAUACAAGUACUUCAAAAAGAAGACCAAAGUACUGGUAAAAUUGAUGGGCGCGUUUAUAAAAGUUAUAUAAAAGCUGGAGGAAAUUUUUUCAGUGCUGUACUUCUAGCUGCAGUUUUUGUUUUCAGUCAAGUUCUUGAUAGUUCUACGGAAUAUUUCGUUACCUAUUGGGUCAACAUCCAACAACUAGAUUCAAAUAAAACCAACUUAGUAUCAGCCAAUAUUUCUCAAGAAAUCUCAAACCAAUCUAUAGACACACGCACCAAACAAGAUAAUAUAUAUGAGAAUUGGUGGUUGACUCCACUUUUUACCAGCGAACUUACGGCCGUAUAUUAUGCAAUUUUGGUUAUUAUUUUACUUGUAAUAGUGUUGAGUAGAUCGCUUUCAUUCUACCGAUGGGCAUUAAAAGCUUCAACUACAAUGCAUAAUAAGAUGUUCGUUAAUAUCGUCUAUAGUCCGAUGAGAUUUUUCAAUAUCAAUCCAUCUGGUAGAAUUUUGAAUAGAUUUUCCAAAGAUAUUGGUACUUUGGAUGAAAGUUUACCAAUGAGUAUACUAGAUACCGUCCAGAUUGGUUUAUAUGUAGCUUCAACAUGUCUGGUGAUUGGAAGCCUUACAUUAUGGAUUCUAAUUCCGACUAUAUUAAUUGCAGUAUUGUUUUAUAUCAUGAGGGUAAUUUUCGUCGAAACCAGCAGAGACGUGAAAAGAAUAGAAUCUGUUACUAGAAGUCCAAUAUUUACGCAUUUAUCGGCUUCUUUACAAGGAUUAACCACAAUUAGAGCUUUCCAAGCACAGGAUAUACUCAAAAAAGAGUUCGACAAUUUCCAAAAUAUCAACACUUCUGCUUAUUUCUUAUUCGUAGGUGCCAAUAGAACUUUUGGUUUUUGGUUGGAUUUCGUUUGCGUUAUUUAUAUCGCAUUAGUACUUGCUGCAUUGCUGUUUAUCAAAAGUGAACAAUUUGGAGGCAAUAUGGGUUUAGCACUUACCCAAGCUAUGGCUUUAACGGGUAUGUUCCAAUGGGGUAUGCGUCAAUGGAGUGAAUUUGAAAAUCAAAUGACAUCUGUUGAACGAGUACAAGAAUAUGCAGAUUUGAAACAGGAGCAAGACUAUCCAAAUAAUAUUCCGGCGAAAUCUUGGCCAGGGAAAGGAAAAAUAGAAUUUGUGAACACGUCAUUGAGAUACGGUCCACAAGAUCCGUUUGUAUUAAAAAAUCUCAAUUUCGUUAUAAAUCCAAAAGAGAAGAUUGGUAUAGUUGGAAGAACUGGGGCGGGAAAAACGUCUUUAAUACAAGCGUUGUUUCGUUUAGCUGAAAUCGAUGGGAAAAUAGAAAUCGACGGAAUUGAUAGCAAAACUAUAGCUUUGAAGGAAUUGAGAUCGAAGAUUUCCAUUAUUCCACAAGAGCCUGUGUUGUUUUCAGGAACUUUAAGAAAAAAUCUAGAUCCUUUUGAUGAAUAUAACGACGAUAUCCUUUGGAAUGCCCUAGAAGAGGUGGAACUAAAACAUGCCGUCGAGGAAUUACCUUGUGGUUUGGACAGCAAAAUGGCCGAGGGAGGUUCGAAUUUCAGUGUUGGUCAAAGACAAUUGCUAUGUUUAGCAAGAGCUAUAAUUAGAAAUAAUAAAAUUUUAGUACUGGAUGAAGCUACAGCGAACGUAGAUCCACAUACAGACGGUUUAAUCCAAAAGACAAUCAGAAACAAAUUCGCGGAUUGUACAGUAUUAACAAUUGCUCAUAGAUUACAUACCAUAAUGGACUCAGAUAGAGUUUUAGUUAUGGAUGCUGGAAGUUGUGUAGAAUUUGAUCAUCCAUACACGUUGUUACUUAAUAAAUUCGGGGUGUUCCACUCCCUUGUCAUGAAAACUGGUAAAGCUACGGCCAAAAGUUUAAUAGCCAUCGCAGAACAAAAUAAAAAUGAUAAAGAAUUGAGUAUAUGAACAAUAAUUUUGUGAUUAGGAAAAUUAUAUAAAUAUAUUUUUUCAAGAAA